UGACUUUAUUUUUUUUAUCUAAUGCAGUCCCCACCUAAAAUGAUCUCUCUGGAGGGAGGGUACCUUGGUUUUUAAAACCAGCCUGGAGUAGAGCAGAUGGGUUAAGGUGAGUGACCCCUCAGCCCUGGACAUUCUUAGAUGAGCCCCCUCAGGAGUAGAGAAUAAUGUUGAGAUGAGUUCUGUUGGCUAAAAUAAUCAAGGCUAGUCUUUAUAAAACUGUCUCCUCUUCUCCUAGCUUCGAUCCAGAGAGAGACCUGGGCGGAGCUGGUCGCUGCUCAGGAACUCCAGGAAAGGAGAAGCUGAGGUUACCACGCUGCGAAUGGGUUUACGGAGAUAGCUGGCUUUCCGGGGUGAGUUCUCGUAAACUCCAGAGCAGCGAUAGGCCGUAAUAUCGGGGAAAGCACUAUAGGGACAUGAUGUUCCACACGUCACAUGGGUCGUCCUAUCCGAGCCAGUCGUGCCAAAGGGGCGGUCCCGCUGUGCACACUGGCGCUCCAGGGAGCUCUGCACUCCGCCCGAAAAGUGCGCUCGGCUCUGCCAAGGACGCGGGGCGCGUGACUAUGCGUGGGCUGGAGCAACCGCCUGCUGGGUGCAAACCCUUUGCGCCCGGACUCGUCCAACGACUAUAAAGAGGGCAGGCUGUCCUCUAAGCGUCACCACGACUUCAACGUCCUGAGUACCUUCUCCUCACUUACUCCGUAGCUCCAGCUUCACCAGAUCUCGGAAUGGACCCCAACUGCUCCUGCUCCACCGGCGGCUCCUGCACUUGCACCAGCUCCUGCGCCUGCAAGAACUGCAAGUGCACCUCCUGCAAGAAGAGUGAGUUGGGACACCUUGGGUGGCGGCUAAGGCUAGGGGCGGGGAACUCCUACAAAACUGGCUCUGAGAAAUGUCCUUUGCUUCCCGGAGGCCAUUGUAUUGUCUCGGGGACAGAACUAUACAGAGAACUAUUUAAAAAAACCGAGGUCUUCUCUGUUGGGGACAGGAAGCAGAGGUCUUCAGCCAGGCUGACCUCUUCCUCCUCCUUUCUAGGCUGCUGCUCCUGCUGUCCCGUGGGCUGCUCCAAAUGUGCCCAGGGCUGUGUCUGCAAAGGCGCCGCGGACAAGUGCACGUGCUGUGCCUGAUGUGACGAACAGCGCUGCCACCACGUGUAAAUAGUAUCGGACCAACCCAGCGUCUUCCUAUACAGUUCCACCCUGUUUACUAAACCCCCGUUUUCUACCGAGUACGUGAAUAAUAAAAGCCUGUUUGAGUCUAA